UCUAGAGAAUUUCGUGUUUCGUGGAGGAACUGUGCUGCUCGAUGAGCGUUGCCCAGCCGAAUAAUUUUGUAAUAACAAUUUUCCCUCAAUAAAACAUAAUUCAUCCGAAUUUUUCGCCGGUAAAAUAAUAAAUUAUUGUGCGCCAUAUAUUCUAUUGUGCAUUCAAUAAAAAUGGCGCAAAGAUUUCCGGGCCCAAAUGCCGGGAACAAUGGACCACCCCCACAGAGAUAUCCACCACCAUCUGUACCACCAAAUCUUCGUCAGUACCCAGGGCCAAAUUUCCCGAUGCAACCGAGAUCCAGCUUCACUCCACCACCUCAGAUGGGUUCUGGUGGUCCAGGACCAGGUGGAAUAAUGAGACCCAAUCAGCCCUACUCCAAUAUGCGUCAGGGCCCGAUGCCUGCACCCCCUGGAAAAAGAAGUGGUGAUCAACGUAUUCCCAUGUCUCAACAGAAACCGUAUUUUUGGAACAGUGAUUUAUCACAUUCCACAUCAAAGAAGAAGAAGAAGUUGGCUGACAAAAUAUUACCCCAAAAAGUGCGCGACCUCGUGCCAGAAUCCCAGGCAUAUAUGGACCUUCUAGCGUUUGAACGUAAAUUGGAUGCUACGAUAAUGCGUAAACGUCUUGACAUUCAAGAGGCAUUAAAACGUCCCAUGAAGCAGAAGAGAAAACUGAGGAUAUUUAUAUCCAAUACAUUUUAUCCAGCUAAAGAGGCUGGAGAAGGAGAGGAGGGCUCUGUGGCAUCAUGGGAGCUUCGAGUGGAAGGAAGAUUGUUGGACGAUACGAAGAAUGACCCUAACAAGGUGAAACGCAAGUUCUCUUCAUUCUUCAAGAGCUUGGUAAUUGAAUUGGACAAGGAUUUAUACGGUCCUGACAAUCACUUGGUUGAAUGGCAUCGUACAUUGACGACACAAGAGACUGAUGGCUUCCAAGUUAAACGUCCUGGUGACAAAAAUGUUCGUUGCACUAUUCUUCUUCUCCUCGAUUAUCAGCCCCUACAGUUCAAACUGGAUCCGCGACUUGCUCGUCUACUGGGAGUUCACACCCAGACUCGACCAGUCAUAAUAUCUGCUCUGUGGCAAUACAUCAAGACUCACAAGCUGCAAGACAGUCAUGAAAGAGAAUUCAUCAACUGCGACAAGUAUCUGGAGCAAAUAUUUGCCUGUCCACGAAUGAAAUUCGCUGAGAUUCCCCAGAGAUUGAAUCCCCUCCUCCAUCCACCAGAUCCAAUUGUCAUAAAUCACGUCAUCAGUGUUGAGGGAACAGAGACAAAGCAGACAGCGUGUUACGACAUAGACGUCGAGGUAGACGACACCCUGAAAACCCAAAUGAACAAUUUCCUCCUGUCGACAGCAAGUCAACAAGAAAUCCAGAGUCUCGACAAUAAAAUUCAUGAGACCGUUGAAACCAUCAAUCAACUAAAAACAAAUCGCGAAUUUUUCCUCAGUUUUGCCAAGGACCCUCAACAAUUCAUCAACAAAUGGAUAAUAUCUCAGACACGAGACUUGAAGACAAUGACAGAUGUCGUUGGUAACCCCGAAGAAGAGAGGAGAGCUGAAUUUUAUUAUCAACCAUGGGCACAAGAGGCUGUUUGUCGCUACUUCUACACGAAAGUACAACAGAAAAGAGCGGAGCUGGAGCAGGCACUUGGUAUACGAAAUUCAUAAGCAAAUAUCUUUCAGUUGCAAGUCCCUCACAGUUUGUCAUAAUAAUCAUGAACUCUAAUAAACUUCGCCACUGGAAUCAUUCAA